AUGGCUAAUAUAUCGAUGGCAGACUCCUACCCGCGCCGGUGCCGUCACGAGCCCCCGAAGAGCCGUGCUGCCGGGACUCUACUCAACAUCGCCUUUUCGCGCAGCACGCUUCGCGUUGAGCUGUCGUCGGCCCAUCGCCGCUGCGAGGCUUCUCGUCCCAGGUCGUCGCCAGGCCGUCUGGGCAAGCAUUGGCGUUCUGUCCGCAUCCGACGCGCGCGCAAAAGAAAGCACGCAGGACGGGCUGCUGUCACCACCACCAAGCGCUGUGUGUUUAUCCUUCAACUGAUGCAAAGAGGCCGUGGAAGAGGAAGAGGUAGAAAUCCGAAUCCUUCCCGGAGCUCGUCGAGGAGAGGCGUCAGAUCUGUUUCCCGCAUCGCCACUUCAAGAAAUCGCAGCAACGCGUCAAUCAGGCGGUCAGCUCGCAUAGCAGAACUUCUCAACGGCGAACUCAACGGUGAAAGCGAGUCAUCAGCAAACAACUCCAUGGCUCACGUUGCGCAACAGCCGGCGUUUGGCAGAUCUACUGUUCGCUCCAGACACGAUACCGGAAACAGGCGGGUGACGCGGCCAAACCGGACGUCUCUUUCGCCCGAAGAACGUGGAUACGCAAUGGACAUUAUUGUGCAACCUCCUUCAAACGCCCGCGCCGGCCACUCCAUCAAUGGGACCAUCAUUGUCCGGUUACGAACCAACAACCCGAAUCCAAACGCAGCGACAGAGGAUGCCUUGAAUCUUGCUGCCAUUGCGUCUUUAGUGCCCGGGCCAGGUUCAACGGCCCCUUCCGAUCCUGCGGUACUCAACACAUUGCUCUCUGGUAGACGUGUCGAUAAUAUCCAUACACUGGCCGACGACGAAGCAGACGGCUCAAUCGCCUCCAUGGAGUUAAACGAUUCACAGGCUGUUGGGUACAUGCGCUUCUCCGGCCUCGUCAUCCGCCAGGCCGGCACUUACCGGAUACGCAUCACCCUUCUCCGGAUGCGAAACUCAAGCUCAGACCCACCUCCAGCCUCUGUUACAGGCGCAGCGGCGGUCCAGGUUGUCGAUUCGAACCCAAUCGUGGUGCAAGCCGGCGGCCCGACCGCGUAUAAUGGCAACGAUCAAGACGAUGAAGAUGACGGCGGAUGGAGGACGGUGGUCCAAUCCAUAAUCAACAAUACAAGAAACUCGUCCUGA